UUAUCUUUACAUUGACAUAUCUCUCCAUCUUCUCUUCUGGCAGUUCUAUGUUUUGUCAUGACCAUGUGCUGGUGGGUGAUAGGACUCCUCCCAGCAGUUGUGCUGUGUGGGCGCUACUUCUACAGCAGGCGUGUGAUCCGUGGUUACCUGGAACAAGCCAUGAGCAGAGACAUGGGUGACAUUGAGGGGUUCUACAUGGAAUCACCAGUGUCCUGUCUAUGGGUUGCAGUGCAAGAAGGCAAAGUGUUGGGUGUCGUGGCAGCAGUCGGCCAGCAGAAAUCAAGAGUUGCUGUUGAGCUGAAGAGGAUGUCUGUCGACCGGAGUUUUCGGCGAUGUGGAGUCGGGGUUGCGCUUGGUCUGAAAGUUCUGGACUUUGCUGCUGCACACAGGUACUCUACUGUCGUGCUGGGAACCACGGCGUACAUACCAGCUGCCCACCAGCUCUACCGACGUCUGGGUUUCCGCUGUGUAAGGGUCACCAAUGGGUACGCCACACCUGGUGCGAGAUGGUCCUUACUGGAAAGAAUUUUCUAUAGAGUCCGCCAUUACCACUACAGUCUGGAAUUGCAAAAUAACAAGAUCAAAUAAAAGAGACAACACUGGGGCCCAGGGGACAUGAGAAUGACCAGUGAAACAACAGCAUCUUGCUUCUUUUCAAAUACUUAUGGUUUAUGUUUAUGUUCUUUUGUGAUCUUUAUUAGUCACGCAUGUUGUUUUAACUCACAUGAUCUGAAUUGCCAGAACAUUUGACUGUUAUGCUCACUGUACGGCUCGAUCAACUGAACCUCCAUACAGCUUAGUCCUGUGACUGUUCCAAUAAAGGUUAAUAAUGUCCUCAGGAAGGCAGAAUUUACUUGCAAUUUCUCGUUUGAAUAGAGAUUAAAAAGGGCAUAGAUGGCUGAAAGAUGCAUACACAAUAUAAUAAUGCAAUAGGAUUUUUUUCACAGCACUUAAACAUAUAGUUACAAAUUUGUCCAAAUAUAGGUUAUCAUAUACAUAUUACAAAUAAACAGAAAAUCAAGCAUAUACAAGGACUCUUUAGGGGUAACUCCAAUCUGAGAAUCUCCAUUUUUCUGGUGAAGG